AUGUCUAGUGAUCAGACGGAUAAGUCGCGUUCCGAUAACACUGAAAGGAGGGGGAUGUUGAUGAAGGCUGUGCGUUUUGAAGACCUCCAAACACCACAGCACAACUUGAAGGAAGUGAAAGAGUCCAGUAAGUUGGAAUUCAGUUGUCCCUUUUCAUGCUCCACGCUCUUGAUAGAUCAAACUCGUUGUUCAGAAUCGUGCCAAUCUAUGAGUGCCAACACUGUUGACCAGAGGCCAAGUCAACUAGCCGUGCCUACUGUCCAGCUUAUCGAGGGAAAAUCUGCCCAACUCUCCGAUUCCACCGUGUUAACUGGUUCCAGUGAUCCAUCACUCCUGCCAAGAACACCUUCGGCUGCGCGUCGUUUGAAUGCUUCGAAGGACGUAGCAAGAAAGCCAGUGGAUAUCAGUCAUCUCAAAGUGAAAGCUCCUCAAGCAGCCGAAAAUCCACUCAAAUCCCUACUCUUGAAUUUCUCCCGACGCUACAGUGGCCCUAGUUUAACCUCCCCUUCUCUCAACGCCCCACAACCACCCUCGAAUGUCACUCACGCUGUCACCCAAUACACGGCUUCAUCGACCUUCUCAAGCCGUGCUUCCCCUCCCUCUUCCACUCUACCCUCUUUGCCUCCCCCACGUUUUUCUUCUUCUCCAAUACCUCCCUCCUCCCCUUCGGCUCCUCCUCAUAGAAAGCCAGUGGAUAUCGUCGAAGUGGUGGAGCAGCAUAAUGUAGAAGAAGAAGUGCGGAUUGAAGAGGAAUGCGACAAAUUCCAAAUAAUCGUCAACUUCAUUGCCUAA